UGCGCGUUCGCCUCCCAGCUGCCCUGGGCGCGCCUGCGGACGAGGCUGGCGGACGUGCUGGCGUGCGGGGCCCUGGGCGAGUGCGAGCUGGGCCGGCCUCCGUACAGGAUCAUCGCCCUGGAUGCCGACGUGGUCGCGUACCGCGACCCCCAGGAGUUCCGGUCCGUGAGCAGGGAGUGCCCGUUGGGCUUCGCGGUCUCCUUGGCCACCAUCAUCAUUUUCUCACAGUUGGAGAGCGAUGCCGACGCAGUGGCGGUCAGCGGCAUGUUAAAACUCAUCGCCUCCAGCGUGCCGCCUGGCGGCAAGGGGCCGGAGCCCACCUUCGGCCACGCUCGGCCGCUGACCACGCUGAACGUUCUGCAGAGGAUCGGAGGGGAUCGGGCGGCGGCGCCUGGCGGCGACGCUGGGCCUGCCCACCCCGGGCGCGGGGGCGGCGCGGGCGUCGAGCCCGGGGCGCACGCCGCGCGCGCGCGCGAACGGCUCCUCUCCCUGGGCCCCGCACCGCUGCCCCCUGGGCUCUGCGUGCGGGCCCUGCACUCGGCCGCUGCGCCCCUGGCGGUGCUGCGGGGCCUCGUCGAGACGCUCGCCGGCGGCGGCGUGCUGCGGGCCGGCGUCGGGCUGGCGGUGCGCAUCACCGACUGCGGGGCGCCCUGGGACGACCCGGCUGCGCCGGAGGGCUGGUACCUGGGGUGGCUCCGGGUGCGCUUCGGCGCGGUGGUGGUGUGUGGUGCCGCUGCAUCCGAGACCUGCGGGGGGGGCGAAUUCAUUCUGCAUGUGACGAGUGCAUGGUACCUGCUUCCGUUCGGCCCGGAGCUGGUCGCCGAGCGAAUUCACGCCGCCAUGUCCCUGCUGCAGGGCACAGCCGAGGGCGAGGUGGUCGCGGUGUCCCUCUCGGAGAAGUCGCUGCACGGCAUCGGGGGCGUGCGGGGCAGCGGACAGCGGGCCCUGGCCUCGGCCGCCAGGCCCGCGCCGCGCGCGGGGGACCUGCGGGCGCUGGCGGAGGCCGUGCCCGCACUGGCGAACGGCUGGGACGUGCGGGAGGCCGCCCGCCUGCUGGCGGGCUUCCACUCCGCCCGAUGCUUCGCGCCGGGCCGGCUGCCGAACGCCUCCUGGCUGACGGCGGGGGCUUGGCUAGGCGCCGCGCAGCGCUGCGGCGGCGGGGGCAGCCUCUGCGCCCCCGCGGAGUGGUGGCCGCCAGGGGCGGGGUCGUGGGAGGACGACGACUCCGACGUGUGGCUGGUGCGCGGCGGCGCUGGCGUGGCCGGUAAGGGCGGUGGCCGGCUGGUGGCGCUCUCGCACGGGCUCAUGGACCGCGCGAGGGGGGAGGAUCCGAGGAGGGAAAGUAUGAGCCGACCGCGGUGGCCCAGAGCUUGGGCGUCCCCGACUGCUUUGCGUGCCACCAGGUGCCCCUCCAGGGGGACGAGGACUUCGAGCUCUUUCUGGCCCCGGUGGACGUCAUCGGCCCCUGUCGGGAGCUGUUCAGCAACCUGCUUCUGGACGCCCUGGAAGCCCUUCAGCUCGCCUCCUUCCAGGGCCCGCGGGCGACGCUGGUAG